AUGGACUACGGAGCUGUCUUUCACAGCUUGCUCCCGAGCAUAAACGCAAAUACAUCGCAUACGGGCGGCAACGCCUCGGCGGCCGAUAACACGCAUCAUGCAAAAGCAGUCGAGAGCAUCCUGACUCUCGUCGGGCUCCGCGGGCUCGCGCCUAUCUACGGGUUUAUCGGGGGCUGGUUAGGAUUCGAGCCGUCCAGUCUAUUAGCUAUGGUCGGUGUUAUCUGGGCAUUGAACAAGGUCCUUCGUCAGGUGUACUCGUUUCUCUAUCGGGCUAUUACCGGAUACUUCAUGAGCAGUGUCCACAUCAUGAAUAACGACGACAUCUACAUCCAUCUCAUGGACUGGCUCGCUACACACCCUAGGAUGGCGAAUUCGCGGGACCUAGUCGCUGAGACGGCGAGCAAGAGGGUUUGGAGGGAUGAGGAUGCGUCGAACGUGGCUAGAGACCGGUCCGGUCGUUACCUUAACUUUUCUAACCAAGAAGCUAAAGCUCCACCGUUCUUCAGUCCCGCUGUCGGCCUACACAGCUUCUGGUGGCGUGGCCAGUACUUCCAGUUGAACCGCAAGCGGGAGUCGAUAUUCGACGAGAGCAGCAUGUCGGGACAGAUGUUCCGGGACCAGGAAGACCUGAUUAUAUCCUGCUUUUGGAGAAGUCCGGAGCCUAUCAAGCAGCUACUAGCCCAUGCCAAGGAGCAGUACUACCGCGACCAUCAGGCCAGGACCACGGUUAAGCGGCCCAGCACCAAUACCUCUCGCCGGUAUGCGGGCCGCGUCGGCUGGCAUCAGGUGGCGAAUCGACCUAUCAGGGAUAUCAAAACUGUUGUGCUAGACGAGCAGCAGAAAUUACAGGUUCUUGCAGAUAUUAACGAGUAUCUGCAUCCGGAGACACCAAAGUGGUAUUCAAAUAGAGGGAUACCACUACGGAGAGGAUAUCUUUUCCAUGGACCCCCAGGAACGGGCAAGACGUCGCUCUCGUUUGCUCUCGCCGGGAUUUUCGGUCUUGAUAUUCACGUAAUAUCGCUUCUCGAACCUAGCUUGACUGAGGAGGAUUUAAGCGCACUGUUUGCCUCACUCCCGCGCCGCUGCAUUGUCUUAUUAGAAGACAUCGACACAGCCGGACUUCGCCGUCCAUCUCUCAACCAAUUCGACGACGAAAUCUCGCAACCCGAGCCCCAAGAUGCCACCAUCCCCAGCAAACCCAGCAAACCUAACGGCACCGGCCCCCGCGACUGGAAAGUCAGCGACCUAGCGCGCGCCCUCAAGAAAGAAGGCGAAAGCGACCAAAAAGCCGGAAUUUCCCUAUCCGGCCUGCUCAACGCCAUCGACGGCGUAGCAAGCCAAGAAGGCCGCGUACUAAUCAUGACGACAAACACGCCCGAGCAACUCGACGACGCAUUGAUCCGCCCAGGCAGAGUAGACCUGCAAGUAGCCUUUGCGAACGCGACGCGGGACCAAGCGCAGGAAUUAUUUAUGCGCAUGUACGAGGAGGACCCGGGGCGCCCUACUACUGCUACUGCUACUACUACUACUCCCGAGAACAAGACUCAGCAGAUAACCGCCAAUGGCAUGGUCCCCCAAUCCGCCGACCUCGACAUAUCUAUCUCCGAGCUCCCCACUGUCGCAGCCGCCUUCGGCGCUAAAAUCCCCGACGGCGAGUUCUCGCCUGCUCAGAUACAGGGGUAUUUGCUCAAGCGCAAGAGGCAGCCGCGCAAGGCGCUCGAGGAGGCGGAUAAGUGGGUUGAAGGUCUUCUAAGGCAAAAAGCGAUGAAGAGCAAGAUUUUGCAGGUGCAGUGA